CUCAUCUUCUGGGAGGCGCUGGUUUUACGAGUGUGAGUAGAGAGACCCAAAUGCAGGAGGAUUGAAUGAGCCGCUUCUGCACAUCUUACUGGAGCCGAGAUGUUGAUCGUCCCGGCGGUCUAACGACGAAAAAUCACGUUCUAAUCGGGAUCUGGCGUUAACGAAGAGCGGGAUUUUAAUGCAGAGAGAUAACCGUUACCGUUACCGUGCGCGAGACGGUCUUGGCUAGCUCGCUAGCAAGCGACCAACGGCAAAAAAAACGAGUGACUUUAAGCAAAAAAAUAAUAAUAAAACCCCUGUUUUCCAUGGACAACACGUCCAUAAUCACCCAGGUAGCGAAUCCAAAGGAGGAAGAAAUCAUUUCUUCGAGUCGUCAAGAAAAAGUCUCACAGUCGAACAGCAGCCUAAAGAAACACCGGAGCAGGAGCAUCUUUAGCCCCUUCUUCUGCUGCUUCCGCAACUACAAUGUGGAAACACCGGCCCCCAACAACAAAACCUGCACCCUGCCUCCACCUGCUGAGGAAAACGGCGGCUCUCCUAAGUGUGAUCAGGUCCAGGUCAUCCCUAUCCCCAGUUCUCCAGCCAAAUACCUCCUGCCUGAGGUCAGCAUCAAAGACUACGGCAAGAACUGUGUGGUGAUCGACCUCGAUGAGACACUGGUACACAGUUCCUUUAAGCCCAUCAGUAAUGCUGAUUUCAUAGUCCCUGUGGAGAUCGAUGGAACAGUUCAUCAGGUCUACGUGCUAAAGAGACCUCAUGUGGAUGAGUUUCUGCAGAAGAUGGGUGAACUUUUCGAAUGUGUGCUCUUCACAGCUAGCUUAGCUAAGUAUGCUGACCCAGUGGCAGACCUCCUGGACCAGUGGGGUGUGUUCCGGGUGCGCCUCUUCAGGGAAUCCUGCGUGUUCCACAGAGGGAACUAUGUCAAAGACCUCAGCCGGCUGGGCCGACAGCUCAGCAAAGUCAUCAUAGUGGACAACUCGCCAGCCUCAUACAUCUUCCACCCGGAAAAUGCUGUCCCAGUGCGAUCGUGGUUCGAUGACAUGACGGACACAGAACUGCUGGAUCUGCUGCCUCUGUUUGAGGGCCUGAGCAGAGAGGAGGACGUUUACAGUGUGCUACAGAGCCUGAGGGCCAGGUAGCACUGAGACUCACACUGCCCUCUGCUGUUCUCUGUCCCACACGGAGACACUCCAUCGCUACUGGUCAGGCCGACCCUCCAUUCAGCUGUGCCCUCGAGAAGGCACCACUGUGUCACACAGUGGAGGACAAAACUCUUUUCCACCUCGCUAAUUUCUGUGGACGGAACUCUGACCUGCCGUCUGAUAAUUUAUUGGACCAUUUGCCAACAGGAGUCCCUGGCACGGGAAAAAUGUACAUAGUGUAAGUUUCUAAAUUUGAUGCAGAAAAAAAUAAACACAAAUUAAUUUUUGUAAGGGAGACAUAUGAGUUUACUAUCCAAAAACUCUAUAUAUUUACCACAAAAAAGAAAAAAAACCACAAAACAAUAUUUUUUUUCCCCAGAGGAUGUUGAACAGGUCAACCCUUUGGUUUAUGCUAUGCAGGCAGACUUUUUUUCGAUCACCAGUCGUUCCAACAACUGUGACUUUUCUCUUACCAAAUAAAGUGCCUUCUGACUGUUGUUUUUAUGAUGAUAUACAUGACAUUUUUAUAUGCUGCAUAUUUGCAAAGAACUCAAAACCUUUAAAGAAACUUUUACUGUAAACCUGAGUGGAUAGGCGUUAAAACUGUUUAUUUAUGAUAAGGACAUUUCCGAAUGAUUUCCAAUAGUCUUCAACGAUUUAAAUGCAUUAUCACUGGACAAAGACUGAUGCCAUUAUGUAGACUCUCUGGUUCUUUUGGGAGAAUAGUAUAUAAGCAUUGUAUUGAUGGGGAAAAAUAAUGAUCUAUUACCUUAUUGCAAUUUGACAAAAAAAGAUGUGUAAUGUGAGACUAGCUACUGUUAAUCAACACUCCAGUACCGUACAAUUCGAUAUGAGUAUUUAACAUCAAAAUAAAAGAUGCAGUCAAUAUCA